GUCACACUUUACAUCUGUGUUUAUCCGCCUUGUGGUGAAUGCCACUUUCAAGCACACGUGCAGAGCGUUUAAUUUUUGUUAGUGAGUUUUAUUUAAUGCUAAAGUUGCUUUAAAUAAACUAAAAAUAUGCCGGCAGCUGUAGCUACAGGCGUGCAAAUCAAUGGACCAUUGAAAAACAAAAAGAUUGUGUUUAACGAAGAUGGCGAAGCCUUGGCAAAGCCCAAAAACGAGAAGCACAACAAAAAAGCGGCUGCACAAAAGGCACAAAAUAAUAAAAAUGCGGCCAACAGAAACGGACAGGUGAAAAAGCCGCAGAGAAUUAAGUUUGGAGACCAUGGCAAUGCAGAAGGCGAAGAGAAGGAAGUGCAAUUCAGUAAGAAGCCCAAAGAGCAGCCGGCGAAAAAGAGCAACCAGCUGCCAGAAGGAAGUCAAGAAAAGAAGCCGCAGCGCAUAAAGUUCGACGACGACGGCGCCGAGAAGGAGCAGGUGACGGAGAGUGAGACCGAGAGCGACUACGAAGCUGAGGAGAAAGCGACCAAAAAGCGGAACAGGCAACAGCUCCAAGCAGACGAUAACGACGCACAGCAGAAAUGGUAUCAGGUGCACACGGAGUACCCCUCCAGUGAUGAGGUGCUGGACAUGAAGGAGAACGAGCAGCUGGAGCUGUUCAAUCUAUGCAAAUCGUCCUUUGAGGCAGAGAAGACAACGUUCAAUAAGCGCAAUCCCACGGAUGCACGCUGGCUGCAGACUGCCCUGCACAAAGGUACAGCCAAGGAUCGCGCCAAUGCGGGCGCCUUGCUGGUGACCAGCAAUCCGCUGGGCAAUCUGGAAGCACUCUCCAACCUGAUUGCCUUCUGCAAGAUAUCAAAUAAGAGCAGCAACGAUGUCAUUGCCGUGCUCACGGAUCUGUGGCAGGAGGUGCUGCUGCCGCCACAGCGCAAGCUAUUGGCCAUACAUACGCGCGGCGCCGACUGGAAGCACCUGAAGAAGCGGGAGCUGCACAAAGAGCAAACACGUCGCAUCUACGCCUAUUGGUAUUUUGAGAGCGAGCUCAAGGAUCAGUAUCACGAGUAUCUCAAGAACCUAAUGCAGGGCCUGCAAACAGGUCAGGAGCACAACAAGACGGCUGCCAUUGUGGCCGCUGCCAAACUGUUGGCCUAUGCGCCCGAGAAGGAGCAAAUGCUGCUCACAAUGCUAAUCAACAAGCUGGGCGAUCCCAUUGCCAAAAUAGCCUCCAAGGCGCUGCAUCAUCUCAGCGAAGUGGCCCAACGGCAUCCCAACAUGUGCGGCGUCAUUGUCGCCGAGGCCGAGAAGUUGCUCUUCCGCAACAACAUUUCCGAGCGUGCCCAGCACUUUGCGCUGUGCUUUCUCUCCAGCAUAGCCCCAUCGGGUCGUCCCGAAGUCUGCACCAAGCUGGUCAACAUAUGCUUUGCUCUGUUCAAGGUGCUGGUGCAGAAGGGCGCCGUCAACAACCGCACCAUGCAGGCGAUUCUGCGUUGCCUGCAAAAGGCCAUCACCGAGGCACAGCCGGCCAAGGGCAGCACUGAGCUCUUGACCAAGGAGAUGCAGGAUACCAUCUAUCGACUGGUGCAUCUGGCCGACAUACGCGUCUCGGUGCAAACGCUGGGCCUGCUGCUGCAGCUGGUCACAGUGAAGACCGAGAAAUCGGAUCGCUUCUAUAAUGCGCUGUACAUCAAACUGCUGGACCUGAAUCUAAUCAACAUUGGCGGCAAGACGGCGGCCCAGCUGCUGCACAUUGUGCAUCGAGCCAUCCACACAGACAAGCAUGUGGCACGGGCUCAGGCGUUUGUGAAGCGCCUGCUGCAGCUGGCCCUCUAUGCGCCGCCCAACAUGGCUGCCGGCUGUCUGAUUGUGCUGCACAAGCUGCUCCGCAUGCGCCGCGAGCUCGUCGCUGGCAUUGGGGACACGGAAAUGGCGGCCAGCGCUAAGCAACUGCUGCCGGCAGCUGCUCCUGAGGAUCUGGAUAAGUUUGGCAGCGAUAGUGAGGAGGUGUACAAGGAUGUGGAUAAGGAGCCAACGGAAGCAGCAGUGAAAAAGGAGAAGGAGCCCGGCACCAGCUCCUGGCACCAUGUCCAUUUGGUUGCCACAGAGUCCAAGGUGCGCGACAUUGACGCCUGCAAAUACGAUCCGUAUCAUCGUGUGCCCGCCUUUGCGGGUGCCGGCUAUGCGCUGCGCAAUGAGCUGCUGCUUCUGCGCCAACAUUACCAUCCCACGGUGCAGGUGUUUGCCGAGCAUAUACUGCUGGAGCAACGCAUUGAUUAUUAUGGCGAUCCGUUGCGUGAUUUUGGUCUGCCGCAUUUCCUGGAGCGUUUCGCUUUCAAGAAUCCCAAGAAACUGGACCAUCAGCAGGCAGUGGAGGGCGCCGCCAGCGCUGCGCACAAACGUUACACGGCAUUCGGAGCACGUGGCAAGCCCGUUAAAUCGCUGACCAAGACCAACUGCACAGAGGAUGAAAUGUUUAUAUUCAAUUAUCUAGAGCAUAAGCGCAAACAGGCAGAGCUGAUGGAGCAGAGCAAGAAGCAGCCAAAAAUAGAGGAAAAAACACCGGAAACGGUUGAGGAUGAUUUAAAGGAGGGCGAAGUCGACGAUGAUGAGUUUGAAUCCUAUUUGGAUGACUUCUUUGGCAAAAAGCUGAAACAAGGCGGCGAUGAUGAGCAGGACGAAGAAGAACUGAACUAUCUAGAGGAGCUCGGUGGAGAGCUGCAGGCGGACAAGUCCAAAAAGCAGCAAAAGAAGAAGAAACAAACAGAAGAUGACGAUAUGGAUGACGAUUGGGACGAUGAUGCUGAGGAUGAGGACGCGGAUGAUCUAUCAGGCGCUGAAGCAGACGAUCAGUCGGACGAUGAGACGGGCUCAAUUGAUUUAGAGCCCUUGGAUGACAACGAUGAGGAAGACGAUGAUGAUGAUGAUGGUGGUUCUAUAUCUAUGGAUGACGAUAGUGAUGCAAGCGAGGCGCCCGACAGUCCCGACGAGGACGAAGAUGAUGAAGAUGCGCCGCCCAAAACAAAGAAAUCACGCAAAGAUGCCAUCUUGAAUGAGCGCAACUUCGCCCAGAAACUGAAACACAGCGACGAUAUGAGUUCGCUGUUUGCUGCUGCGGAUGAUUUCUCAGCGUUGCUGGAGGAAACGGGCAAAUCCAAGGGACAAGGCACCAGCAAUGCGCUCUUCAACAAGGACAAAUCCUCCGAUAAGCAACUGAAAUGGGAGGAAAAGCGUCGCUCGAACAGCAAAAUCUAUACAAGCAAAAAGUUUGGCGGAGGCAAAGCCAAAAUGGGAGGAGGCAAACCCAAAGCGGGCAAGAAACGAAAGCAUUAGCUGCAAAAUGAGAGGCAGAGCGACGAGUGCGACUGGUUUUAUAUAUAGAAAUCAAAUUGGGUUAUGAAUUGUGUAAAUAAAUAAACAAUUAAACUACUUUUGAUAGUUAAAAACAAAAA